GGCUCCGGCCCAGUUCUCCUCUCCCGGCGCCGGGGGUCCCGGCGGCCGCAUGAGCCGCGCGCGUGGGGCGCUGUGCCGGGCCUGCCUCGCGCUGGCCGCGGCCCUGGCCGCGCUGCUGCUACUGCCGCUGCCGCUGCCGCUGCCCCGCGCGCCCGGCCCGGCCCGGACCCCCGCCCCGGCCCCGCGCGCGCCCCCGUCCCGGCCCGCUGCCCCCAGCCUGCGGCCCGACGACGUCUUCAUAGCCGUCAAGACCACCCGGAAGAACCACGGGCCGCGCCUGCGACUGCUGCUGCACACCUGGAUCUCCCGGGCCCGCCGGCAGACAUUCAUCUUCACCGACGGGGACGACCCUGAGCUCGAGCUCCAGGGUGGUGAGUGUCCCCCAGCCCCGGCGCCCGCGGGACCUGGCCCCCGAGACCCCGGAGCCGCGGCCACUGCGCUGCUGUGGGUGCCCUUCUCUGUCGAGGCUCCGGAGGUCCGGGGAGGCCACGACGCUGCCCAGGUCACACGGCCUGCGGAGGGCCCACCCUGCCAGCCAAGCUCUGCUCUCACACUGGCUGCUUCCCGGGGCGUGGGGCUAGUGCCACGUCCCCUGAAGAAACCCCAGCAGGGAAUCCACCCUUCCAGGCCAGGUGGUGGCCGUGUCAUCAACACCAACUGUUCGGCCGUGCGCACCCGCCAGGCCCUCUGCUGCAAGAUGUCCGUGGAGUACGACAAGUUCAUCGAGUCUGGGCGCAAGUGGUUUUGCCACGUGGACGAUGACAAUUAUGUGAACCCCAGGAGCCUCCUGCACUUGCUCUCCAGCUUCUCACCCAGCCAGGACGUCUACCUGGGGCGGCCCAGCCUGGACCACCCCAUCGAGGCCACCGAGAGGGUCCAGGGUGGCAGAACUGUGACCACGGUCAAGUUCUGGUUUGCUACUGGUGGGGCCGGGUUCUGCCUCAGCAGAGGCCUCGCCCUCAAGAUGAGCCCGUGGGCCAGCCUGGGCAGCUUCAUGAGCACGGCUGAGCAGGUGCGGCUGCCGGACGACUGCACGGUGGGUUACAUCGUGGAGGGGCUUCUGGGCGCCCGCCUGCUGCACAGCCCCCUCUUCCACUCCCACUUGGAGAACCUGCAGAGGCUACCGCCAGACACCUUGCUCCAGCAGGUUACCUUGAGCUAUGGGGGUCCUGAGAACCCACAUAACGUGGUGAACGUGGCUGGAGGCUUCAGCGUGCAGCAGGACCCCACACGGUUUAAGUCUGUCCACUGCCUUCUCUACCCAGACACGGACUGGUGUCCCAGGCAGAAGCAGGGUGCCCCGAUCUCUCGGUGACACCAACCACCCCUGACCCAGGGCUGCCUCACUCUGUCCCAGGUGCAGGGAGCUGGAGCCCCCCAUGGCCUCAGUGGACUCCCUCAGGUGCCAUGGCCAUACCAGUGAGAUGCAAGCACCUGGCACACCCUCUCGCUAGCCUGCAGCCCCCCUCUCCCAGCCCCUGGUGGACUGCAGUGAUGGGUGUUUUGGGAGAAAAAAGACAGCCGGGCUGAGGGCCGGGGCCGCAGUGCCCCUCCCACUGACCCAGCCUCAGGGUUGAUCCCACGGGAACAGGCGUCCACCCCAGCACCUGGGCACCUGGGAGGGAGCUACCAUCCAGGCUCCAUUACCUGUUGCUGAAGGCGGGUGCCAGGCUGGCUAGGUGCCAAGGAGCAGGCUCCAGAUCAAGGUCCUGGCCCAGCCACAGCCAUUGCAAGGGCUUAGCCUGGCAGGCUUUGUGGGGGAUGCUGCCCUCUCUGCUGCAGGCUGGGUGCACAGCCGGGCACCGCAGGGGGACUCAGGCCCGGGAAGGUCAUGCUCUCAGCCAGAGCUUUGCUCCCAGCCCAGGUGCCUCAUUCGGAGGCCUCUUGACUGGGACCACAGAGGUGUUUUCUCUGCUCUGACUUGUGGCUCAGGACUCCUUCCUGGGUCAUGCUCCUGCCCCACUGUGCCUGGGCCCAUCAACAGCAGGAGCCUUUUGUUUGGGGCCCCCUGGGGUGAGACUGCCCCUGACCCGCCCAUCCCAGCAGACCCACCUCCCCGCCUGCUGCCUUCCCUGGAGGGAAACGGGCCAGGGACCGUCAUCUCCCCUCUGCCUCCUGCUUUGCUGUUGCCAAGCGCGAGUAAAGGCUUUGUUCUUACUCCA